AUGACCAAGUUCAGCCUGAGCUCCUGGCUGGCCCCAAAAAGUAAUGGCACCAGCGGCGACAUCGAACGCAAGCGGCAGAACAGGCGGACCUUUUCCGGCUUCUCUGCGUCUUCGCCUGUCACGACCCCGGCGAGCGGCCCAGAGACUGGCAAGGCACCGAACGGCAAAUCCCAUCAGAACCCAGCCAGCACCUUGGAACCUGCCUCUACCCCGGCGGCCGACCCCUCACAAUCGCCUGUCUCAACGCCGGCCAACAUGGUCGCUCUUUCGCAGAAGAUUGCGAGGGAGACCGAUAAACUGGAGGCGUACAUGAACGAGAACGGCCUUGCCAUGCCGUCGUUCGAUGUCGGUGCUGCAGAUGACUUUCCCAGGCUGCCAGAACAUGUCCAGAGGAGCAGACUGGAGAUCAUACAUGCCACGAAGGAGCUACGAGAUUUGGCGGUUGGCCCCCGUGAGAGUGUGAGGUGGGGUGUGUGGGAGUUUCUUGACGUCCUGGCCCUUCAGCUGAUCAACAACUAUGGAAUUGCCAAACUUGUCCCGCUCGACAAGCCCAUCACGUUGGCAGAACUACAGUCUCUGACGCCGCUGGAUCCUGUGAACCUGGCACGCGCCCUUCGUACAGCCAUGACAAACCACGUCUUCUGCGAGCCCUCUCCCGGGGUCAUCGCCCACACCGCGGCGUCUCGUCUCCUGGCCACUGACGCAGAGCUCGCCGCGUGGGUGGGCUUCAACGCCGAGGACAUCUUCCCAGCCUCGGCCCACAGCCUCCAGGCGCUGCGGCAGUUCCCCGAGGCCACAUCGCUGACCCGCAGUGGCUUCCAGUUCGCCUUCGACACCGUCGACAAAGAGCCAAUGUUCGUCACCUUUGGCAAGGACGAGAACCGGGCCAAGCGCAUGGGCCGCGCCAUGGCGAGCCUGACGGGCGGCGAGGGAUACGAGGUUCGCUUCUUUGUCGACGGCUACGACUUCUCCGAGAUCGAAGCGACUGGUGGCACCUUUGUCGACAUUGGCGGUAGCCACGGGUUCGUCUGCGUCGACCUUGCCAAGAAGUGGAAAGGCAUGAAAUUUGUGGUGCAGGACCUCCCCAAGACUGUUGCGAGUGCCCCCAAACCAGUCUGUGAGGAUGCUCAGGUAUCCGAGAGGGUUGAGUUCAUGGCACACGACUUUUUCACGACGCAGACUGUGAAAGGGGCCGACGUUUACUACUUCCGCUGGAUCAUGCACAACUACUCUACCCCCUAUGCCGUGAAGAUACUCAAAAAUCUCGUGCCGGCCCUCAAGCCGGGAGCCCGCAUCAUCAUCAACGACCACUGCCUGCGUGAGCCGGGUCAGGAGAAUCCCUGGGACGAGAAGAUCAUGCGCCGCAUGGACUUGGUCAUGCUCGCGCUGCUCAACGCCCAGGAGCGCACCGAGGCUGAGUUUAGGGAACUGUUCCGCAUGGCGGAUGAGGGAUUUGUCUUCAAAGGAGUCACGCGACCUCAAGGCUGCCGCAUGAGCAUCAUCGAGGCCGUAUGGCGGGGAAAGGACAACGCAUUCACAUCAGAUGAGGGCGAGGCCGAGAAAUCAUAA